AUGUCCAACACUACCGUUCACGUUAAGAACAUCGCCUCGGCGACCGAAGACAAGGAGAUCAAGGACUUCUUCAGCUUCUGCGGCAAGAUCACCAACAUUGAGGUCACUCCCGCCGGCGAGACCAAGGAUGCCGCAGUCACCUUUGAGAAGGAGACGGCUGCUAAGACGGCUCUCCUGUUGAACAACACCCAGCUCGGCACCUCCCACAUCACCGUCACCAGCGCUGGCGGCGACCCCUCUGACGAUGCCCCCCACCACAAGGAGAAUGCCAGCCGCGACUCCGACGAUAUCACUCAGGAGGAGAAGCCUCGCUCCCGCAUUCUGGCUGAGUACCUCGCCCAGGGUUACGUUGUCGGUGACGCCGCUCUCCAGCGCGCCAUCGAGCUCGACAGCCAGCACGGUGUCUCCAACCGUUUCUUCAGCACGCUCCAGAGCCUGGACCAGAAGUACCACGCAACCGACCGCGCCAAGGCUACGGACCAGUCUUACGGUAUUACCGCCAAGGCCCAGGGCCUUUUUGGCGGCCUGAGCUCGUACUUUGAGAAGGCUACCAGCUCCCCAACUGGCAAGAAGAUUGUCGGCUUCUACGAGACGGGCUCGAGACAGGUGCAGGACAUUCACGCCGAGGCUCGCCGCCUGGCAGACCUGAAGAAGGAGGAGCAUGGUGGCAGUGCCCUGAAAGCUUCUGGCCUGGAGAGAUUCCUUGGUAAGGAGAAGUCUGUGCCUCCCGCCACUGGCGAGACCGUUGGCACCCAAUCUCCCACCAACCCCGACCCGACGACUGCUGUUCCCCUGUCGAAGCCAUCGGCUGCGACGGACGAGAAGGCAUCGUCGUAG